AUGAUCUCGCCUCACCUCGUCGGCAACAUCUUUGCUCACUUCUCCUUCAACGACCUUAGGGGUAUUUUCCUCCGGCGACCUCGGGCUCAUGUUCUUCCACCUCCUAAUGUUACUGGAGCUCUACACAUUGGUCAUGCUUUAACUGCUGCUAUCCAGUGCAUAACAAUGAAUAAGGAAUGUGCUAGUGAACAAUCUCAUGGCCUUAUGACUGGACCUUCAAAUAAUAUCCACAAAGAACUGAAAUUUGAUUAUGUAGAUAACUUUGACAGACAUAAUUCAGGUUUUACAAAUAGUGUUUCACCUUUACAAUAUCAUACAACUGAGAAAUAUCAGGUAUCACAUUCAGAUAUGUUUGGAGGUUAUGAUGACAAACCGUUGCUGAUGAGUUCAAAUGCAAAGCAUUUAGGUAACUUAAGAGGUGAUUGA